AGUUAGAAGCCAUUGACUUGGUACACGAGGUUCCAAUAUCUGGUGAGAAGCUGGUUCAGAUCAGAGAGCUGACAAGGAAAGAUGCCACUUUGCAGGAAGUAAUUCAGUUGGUUCGAUUGGGUUGGCCACAAACCAAGCAAACGGUGUCUGCAGCAGUUAAGCCGUACAACUCAUUCUCGGAAGAGCUUACUGUAUAUGAUGGCAUUCUGUUUCGAAACGACAGAGUAGUCAUACCAGAGGCCAUGCAGUCGGAAACGCUUCAAAGGAUUCACGGAGCGCACCUAGGCGUAAAUGGGUGUUUGCGUCGUGCCCGUGAGUGCAUGUACUGGCCAGGCAUGGAAGCAAGGAUACGGGAAUUUGUCAAUCAAUGCGCAGUAUGUCGAUCCAUGGAUAUGAAGCAGCAAAAAGAACCGUUACAACAACACCCAGUGCCCCCUCGCCCAUGGGUGAAGUUGGGGGCUGAUCUCUUUGAGUUGGACGGACAAGCCUUUUUGAUCACGGUCGACUAUUAUAGCAAUUUCGCUGAACUGGAUGUAUUGCCAAAAACAACCACUGGUGCUGUCAUUCGGGUUCGGAAAGCUCAGUCUGCUCGUCACGAAAUUCCGAACCUUCUUAUCACGGACAACGGUCCACAGUUUGUUUCCGCCAAGUUUCAAGAGUUUGCACGUCAAUGGAAGUUCGAGCAUCGCACAUCCAGUCCCGCAUACCCUCAAUCCAAUGGCAAGUCAGAGAAUGCGGUAAAGACGGUCAAACGGCUGAUCAAAUGUGCCAAGAAAGCAGGUUCAGAUCCCUGAUUAGCCAUUUUAGAUUUCCGGAAUACUCCCACCGACUCCUUGGGGAGCAGCCCAGCUCAACGAUUAUUUAGUCGACGGACCAGAAGCCUUUUACCUACCUCGCCGGCAUUGCUAAAGCCAUCGCUCGUCCCUGAGGUGUCUAGUCGUUUAGCAGCGGUUAAAGCACGUCAAGCAGCUAACUACGAUCGAUCGGCUAAGGCUCUUCCCGUUCUUACACCAGGCGACACUGUGCGUAUUCAACCUACACGAGGUCACGAGGUGUGGCGCAAAGCAGUUGUCACGGCGCAGCUUUUCAACAGGUCAUAUGAAGUGCGCACCCAGAGUGGGACAAUUAUUCGUCGGAAUCGGCGUCACUUACGCAAGUCUACAGAAGUUCCCCAGUCACCGCUGUUGAGGCCUCCGGACGAUGACGACGAAGAAAAAACUGGGUAUCCUUCCCCGCCGGUGGUUUUCAUACCAUCACCGAGGGCGAUUGUGGCGCCGACUGCGACGACACUCUCAAUACGGAUUCCGGAUGUUGUGUCACAAUUUCCACCUCCGCAGGGCACAACUGAGUCACCCGAUGCUUCAAUCUCCCGGCGAGGCGGAGCCGAUCCUCUGUCGAAGACAACCAAAACGACCCGCACGGGCCGCAUAGUAAAGACACCGUCGUAUUUGAGUGACUAUAUUCACUAGAUAGGUCUAUGUUUUUUUUGUUUGUUUUUUUAAGGGAAAAGGGAUGUAACGGUAGGCGUUGGUAGAAUAUACGGGACACUGGUUAGAGAAGUGUGAAGAGCGCGUGUAUUGAAUAUAUUCUAUAGUACAGUGUGCACACGA